UUUUUCCUGGGUCAAGUAACGAGAAAUUAGAAAUACAGGUAUAGGACUUCCCUCGUGGCACAGUGAUUGGGAAUCAGCCUGCCAAUGCAGGGGACACAGUUCUAGCCCUUGUCCGGGAGGAUCCCACGUGCGGCGGAGCAGCUAAGCCCAUGGGCCACAACUGCUGAGCCUGCGCUCUGGGGCCCGCGAGCCACAACUACUGAACCCGCGAGCCACAACUACUGAAGCUGGAGCGCCUAGAGCCUAUGCUCCGCAAUGGGGCGUGGCCCCCGUCGUUGCAACUAGAGAAAGCCCAUGCGCAGCAGCGAAGAUCCAACACAGCCAUACAUACAUACAUACAUAAAUACAUACAUACAUAAAUAAGUGAAUUUGGAAAGGAAAGAAAAAUUAUACAGCUCUCCUGCCAGUUUUCAUACAAUGGAAAGGAGCACCUCAAAUGGUCCAGGAAGUGAAGGCUUCCAUCUUCCCAAAAGGAUAAAGGAAGAAGAUCCUUUUAUUGAUUUUGUUCCAGACCAGACUGGGCCUCAGUUGUCAGAGGUAGUGCUGGAGGUGUGUCCAAUACAGGAGCAGAAUUGUUCCUCAAGAAGAAUGAUGACCAUAGAUCUGAAGGUGGCUGAGUACUUGAACCCUCAGAUCAGGACUCGGUGGGAGCCCAAGGGACCUGUGACAGGGAGCUCCAGUCAGAAUACGAAAUAUGCCCCCCAAACGGACAGUCUCAGUCCUGAGAGGUCUCACCAGCAUUUCCGGAGCUUCCUCUAUCAUGAAGCAGCUGGACCCCGGGAGGCUGUUGACCAGCUUCUGGAAUUAUGCUGUCGGUGGCUGAGGCCAGAGAUUCAUUCAAAAGAGCAGAUCUUGGAACUUGUGGUGCUAGAGCAGUUCCUGUCCAUUCUGCCCAGGGACACCCAGACCUGCAUAAAGAAGCACCAUCUACAGAGCAUCGAGGAGGCUGUGGUCCUGGUAGAACACUUGCAGAGGGAAUCUGGUCAAAUGAGGAAUGGGGUUGCAGACCAUGAGCUGGGAAAGGAGGCAGUGCUCUUGGGAGAAACAGCAGAGGCCCUAGGCUUCAAGCUGAAGCCAGCAGAGGCCCAGCAAGUGGGCGUGUCCCAGGAUGAAGAAUUUUGGAAUACACACCAGAGUCUACAAGAGCUGCUGAUCAGGAAUACCCACAAAGAAACUGAGCCCGUAUGUGAGAGGGAAAUGAGCCUAGGAUAUUCAGAAACAGAAGCGAGAGAGAUUUCCUGUGGCUCUCCUUCACCCACAGCGGUGUCUGCUCACCGGAUCCUAGCCUUUCCUGAGCAGACAAACACCAAAGACUGGACAGUGGCACCUGAGCUCAUCUUGCCUGAGUCCCAGAGCUUGUUGACAUUUGAAGAAGUGGCCAUGUAUUUUUCCCAAGAAGAAUGGGAGUUACUGGAUCCUACUCAGAAGACCCUCUACAAUGAUGUAAUGCAAGAAAACUAUGAGACUGUCAUCUCUCUAGAACUGAGCCUAGGAUGUUCAAAGACAGAAGGGAGAGAAAUUUCCUCUCACUCUUCCACAGCGGUGCCUGCUCACCAGAUCCUGGCCUUUCCUGAGCAGACAAAUGCCAAAGACUGGACAGUGGCACCUGAGCUCGUCUUGCCUGAGUCCCAGAGCUUGUUGACAUUUGAAGAAGUGGCCAUGUAUUUUUCCAAGGAAGAAUGGGAGUUACUGGAUCUCACUCAGAAGGCCCUCUACAAUGAUGUAAUGCAAGAAAACUAUGAGACUGUCAUCUCUCUAGCAUUAUUUGUGCUCCCCAAACCUAAAGUGAUCUCCUGUCUAGAGCAAGGGGAAGAGCCGUGGAUUCAAAGAUCCCUGGGGUUCAAGGACAAUUCUGGAGAGCUGCCUACAGCAGGGCUAAAGCUCAAAAAUGACACUGAAAAUCUUCAGCCUCUAUGUCUUUCUGACUUAGAAAUACAAGCACCAGUAGAUAUAGCAUCAAAAAAGGCCAGAUUGAAAGUCCCCCAGAAAACUAUGGGCAAAGAAAAUCAUGGUGAUAUGCAUAGCGUGGGGAAAUGGCACCGAGAUUUUCCAGUGAAGAAAAAAAAGAAACUUUCAACCUGGAAACAAGAGCUGCUGAAACUUAUGGAUCUUCACAAAAAAGAACGUGCAGGAGAGAAGCCUUUUAAAUGCCAGGAAUGUGGGAAAAGCUUCAGAGUUAGCUCUGACCUUAUUAAGCACCAAAGAAUUCACACUGAAGAGAAACCGUAUAAAUGUCAGCAGUGUGAUAAGAGGUUUAGGUGGAGUUCAGAUCUUAAUAAGCACUUAACAACACACCAAGGAAUAAAACCAUAUAAAUGCUCAUGGUGUGGGAAAAGCUUCAGUCAAAAUACAAAUCUCCACACACACCAAAGAACUCACACUGGAGAGAAGCCCUUUACAUGUCACGAAUGUGGAAAAAAAUUCAGUCAAAAUUCCCACCUUAUUAAACACCGGAGAACUCACACAGGUGAGCAGCCUUAUACCUGUAGCACAUGCAGGAGAAACUUCAGCAGACGCUCAAGCCUUCUUAGACACCAGAAACUCCACCAGUAAAGGGAAGCUUGUUCAGUGUCCUCAGUCUGAAGAAAUUCACCAAGUGGAGCUUGACCUUAAAGUUAUGAAAAGUACAAAAUUAUGAAGCAUGAAGAAUUUUUCAUCAGUGGAAUUUUUCAUCAGGAAACUUUGGGAAAUAAACAUGUUUCACAGAAGGAAUCAAGGUUGAGUCUGCAGGGAAUGUGUUAGUAGUUGUACUACUUGCUGUUUUUACUAAAAUCUUUCAGGGAAUUCCUUAACAGGAGAGGUGUUCUAAGAACAUUCAGAGUAAAGGGGAAAGCUGUUUUGGGAUUGUAUUUGGCAAAAUAGCAAAUUCAGCUUCAAAUAGUGGAUGCAGCCAUGAAUUCUUCUGUGGUCACAGAG